GGCGGAGGCGGCGGUAAUGGCGGACGGUCGGCCGCGGCUGCUGUGAGGGACGAUGAGUUCCUCCUUAGUGCCGAACGGGGCCAGCCUGGAAGAUUGUCACUGCAACCUCUUCUGCCUGGCCGACUUGACUGGAAUUAAAUGGAAAAGAUAUGUAUGGCAAGGCCCAACUUCUGCCCCUAUUCUAUUUCCGGUGACAGAGGAAGACCCCAUUUUGAGCAGUUUUAGUCGCUGCCUUAAGGCAGAUGUACUUGGUGUUUGGCGGCGAGAUCAAAGACCUGGAAGAAGAGAAUUGUGGAUAUUCUGGUGGGGUGAAGACCCUAAUUUUGCUGACCUUAUUCACCAUGACUUAUCAGAAGAGGAAGAUGGAGUAUGGGAGAAUGGACUUUCCUAUGAAUGCCGUACUCUACUUUUCAAAGCAGUUCAUAAUCUGUUGGAACGGUGUUUAAUGAACAGGAACUUUGUACGCAUUGGCAAGUGGUUUGUAAAGCCUUAUGAAAAAGAUGAAAAACCUAUAAAUAAAAGUGAACAUUUGUCCUGCUCAUUCACCUUUUUCUUGCAUGGAGACAGCAAUGUUUGUACCAGUGUGGAAAUUAACCAACAUCAACCUGUAUACCUUCUUAGUGAAGAACAUAUUACCCUUGCUCAACAGUCAAACAGCCCAUUUCAAGUUAUCCUAAGCCCAUUUGGACUAAAUGGCACUCUCACAGGACAAGCAUUCAAGAUGUCUGAUUCAGCCACAAAAAAAUUGAUAAGUGAAUGGAAACAGUUCUAUCCCAUCUCUUCUUGCUUAAAGGAGAUGUCUGAAGAAAAACAAGAAGACAUGGAUUGGGAAGAUGAUUCUUUAGCUGCAGUGGAAGUUCUUGUUGCUGGAGUCCGAAUGAUCUACCCAGCAUGCUUUGUUCUAGUCCCUCAGUCAGAUAUUCCUCCUCCUAGCUCUGUGGGAUCCUCUCACUGUUCAACUUCUUGCUUGGGUGUCCACCAAGUGCCUGCUUCCACAAGAGAUCCUGCUAUGUCUUCAGUUACUCUUACACCCCCUACAUCUCCUGAGGAAGUCCAAACAGUUGAUCCUCAAUCUACUCAGAAGUGGGUCAAAUUUUCUUCAGUAUCUGAUGGGUUCAGCUCUGAUAGUACUAGCCACCAUGGUGGGAAAAUACCCAGAAAAUUAGCAAAUCAUGUGGUGGAUAGAGUUUGGCAAGAAUGCAAUCUGAACAGAGCACAGAACAAGAGGAAAUAUUCAGCUUCAUCAAGUGGUGUGUGUGAAGAAGAGAUAGCUGAUAAAAUAGCCUGCUGGGAUUUUGUUGAAGCUACACAGAGAACCAGUUGCAGCUGCUUGAGGCACAAAACUCUGAAACCAAGAAAUCCUGGGCAGCAGGGACAGACUCCAUUGUUAAAUCAGCAACAAGUACUUCCUAAGCACAAGACCAAUGAAAAACAAGAAAAGAGUGAAAAACCACAGAAACGUCCCUUAACUCCUUUUCACCAUCGAGUAUCUAUUAGCGAUGAUGUUGGCAUGGACACAGAUUCAACUAGCCAAAGACUCGUGAUCUCUACUUCAGAUAGUCAAGUGAGAUUUUCAAACAUCCGAACUAAUGAUAUAGCAAAGACUCCUCAGAUGCAUGGCACUGAAAUAUCAAAUUCACCUCAACCACCUCCACUUAGUCCUCAUCCCUGUGAUGUCGUUGAUGAAGGAGUAACUAAAACACCUUCAACUCCUCAAAGUCAACAUUUUUAUCAUAUGCCGACACCUGAUCCCUUGGUUCCUUCUAAACCAAUGGAGGAUAGGAUAGACAGUUUAUCCCAAUCUUUCCCAACUCAGUUUCAGGAAACUGUAGAACCUACAGUAUAUGUUGGUACAGCAGUAAACUUGGAAGAAGAUGAAACUAAUAGAACCUGGAAGUAUUACAAGGUCCCAAAGAAAAAGGAUAUUGAGUUUUUACCACCUCAGCUUCCAAGUGAUAAAUUCAAGGAUGAUCCAGUUGGACCUUUUGGACAGGAAAGUGUAACAUCAGUUACAGAGUUAAUGGUGCAAUUUAAGAAACCUUUAAAAGUUUCUGAUGAAUUAGUGCAGCAAUAUCAAAUUAAAAAUCAGUAUCUUUCAGCAAUAGCAUCUGAUGCAGAGCAAGAACCUAAAAUUGAUCCUUAUGCAUUUGUUGAAGGAGAUGAAGAAUUUCUUUUUCCUGAUAAGAAAGAUAGACAAAAUAAUGAAAGAGAAGCAGGCAAAAAGCAUAAGGUAGAAGAUGGUCCAUCUAAUAUUACAGUGCUAUCCCAUGAAGAAGAUGCUAUGUCAUUAUUUAGUCCUUCUAUAAAGCAAGAUGCUCCACGCCCUACCAGUCAUGCUCGUCCUCCAUCAACCAGUUUGAUAUAUGACUCAGAUUUGGCUGUCUCUUAUACUGAUCUAGAUAAUCUCUUCAAUUCUGAUGAAGAUGAAUUAACACCUGGAUCUAAAAAAUCAGCAAAUGGAUCAGAUGAUAAAGCCAGCUGCAAGGAAUCAAAGACAGGAAAUCUGGACCCAUUAUCUUGUAUCAGCACUGCAGAUCUUCAUAAAAUGUACCCUACACCACCGUCAUUAGAGCAACAUAUUAUGGGAUUUUCUCCAAUGAAUAUGAAUAACAAGGAAUAUGGUAGCCUGGAUACAACUCCUGGAGGAACUGUUCUAGAAGGAAAUAAUUCUAUUAUAGGAACUCAAUUUAAAAUUGAGGUUGAUGAAGGAUUCUGUAGCCCCAAACCUUUUGAAAUUAAGGAUUUUUCUUACGUCUAUAAGCCUGAAAAUUGUCAAGUUUUAGUUGGAUGUUCUAUGUUUGCACCUUUAAAAACUCUACCGAGCCAAUGUUUGCCUCCUAUCAAAUUGCCAGAAGAGUGUAUUUAUCGUCAGAGUUGGACUGUUGGAAAACUGGAAUUGCUUCCUUCAGGAUCUGCAUUGCCAUUCAUCAAAGAAGGUGAGGGAAGUACUAUGGAUCAAGAAUAUGGCCCUGCUUAUACACCUCAAACUCACACUUCUUUUGGAAUGCCUCCUAGCAGUGCACCUCCUAGUAACAGUGGAGCUGGGAUCCUGCCUUCUCCAUCAACUCCUAGGUUUCCAACUCCAAGGACACCUCGGACUCCUCGGACUCCUCGUGGAGCUGGAGGCCCUGCUAGUGCUCAAGGUUCAGUCAAAUAUGAAAAUUCAGACUUAUAUUCACCAGCUUCCACCCCAUCCACCUGCAGACCCCUUAAUUCUGUUGAACCCGCAACUGUUCCUUCCAUACCUGAAGCACAUAGUCUUUAUGUCAACCUCAUUCUUUCAGAAUCAGUUAUGAAUUUAUUUAAAGACUGUAACUUUGAUAGUUGCUGUAUCUGUGUCUGCAAUAUGAAUAUCAAGGGUGCCGAUGUUGGAGUUUACAUUCCAGAUCCCACACAGGAAGCACAAUAUAGGUGUACCUGUGGCUUCAGUGCUGUCAUGAAUAGAAAAUUUGGAAACAGUUCAGGAUUAUUUCUCGAAGAUGAACUAGAUAUUAUCGGACGCAACACAGAUUGUGGCAAAGAAGCUGAAAAACGUUUUGAAGCUCUCAGGGCUACUUCUACUGAACAUGUUAAUGGAGGACUAAAGGAUUCUGAAAAAUUGCCUGAUGAAUUAAUAUUAUUGCUGCAAGAUCAGUGUACUAAUUUAUUUUCACCCUUUGGAGCAGACCAAGAUCUUUUUCCCAAAAUCGGUUUAACUAGCAAUUGGGUCCGGGUGGAGGAGAGGGACUGCUGUAAUGACUGCUAUCUUGCAUUAGAACAUGGCCGUCAGUUUAUGGAUAACAUGUCAGGAGGAAAGGUUGAUGAAGCACUUGUGAAAAGUUCAUGCUUACAUCCCUGGUCCAAAAGAAAUGAUGUGAGUAUGCAGUGCUCACAGGAUAUACUUCGAAUGCUCCUAUCCCUUCAGCCAGUUCUUCAGGAUGCUAUUCAGAAAAAAAGAACAGUAAGGCCUUGGGGGGUUCAAGGUCCUCUCACUUGGCAACAAUUUCAUAAAAUGGCUGGCCGAGGCUCUUAUGGAACUGAUGAAUCCCCAGAACCACUGCCAAUCCCCACGUUUUUGUUGGGUUAUGAUUAUGAUUUUCUGGUGCUUUCUCCUUUUGCUCUUCCUUAUUGGGAGAGAUUGAUGCUGGAACCCUAUGGAUCUCAAAGAGAUGUAGCCUAUGUUGUACUGUGUCCAGAGAAUGAAGCUUUGUUAAAUGGAGCCAAAGGCUUUUUUAGAGAUCUGACUGCAAUAUAUGAAUCAUGUCGAUUGGGUCAACAUAGACCUAUUUCUCGACUGUUAUCAGAUGGAAUCAUGAGAGUUGGAUCUACUGCAUCAAAGAAACUAUCAGAAAAAUUGGUAGCAGAAUGGUUUUCUCAGGCAGCUGAUGGUAACAACGAAGCAUUUUCUAAACUCAAACUGUAUGCACAAGUUUGCAGAUAUGACCUAGGUCCUUAUCUUGCUUCCCAGCCAUUGGACAGCUCUCUACUUUCCCAGCCAAAUUUAGUUGCCCCUACAAGUCAGUCUUUGAUUACUCCACCACAGAUGACAAAUACUGGAAAUGCUAAUACUUCAUCUGCCACCCUAGCAUCUACAGCAAGCAGCACUAUGACAAUGACUUCAGGUGUUGCCAUAUCUUCUUCGGUUGCCACAGCCAACUCAACUUUGACCACAACUUCAACUUCAUCAUCAUCUUCCAACUUGAACAGUGGAAUAUCAUCAAAUAAACUACCUUCAUUUCCACCCUUUGGCAGUAUGAACAGCAGUGCUACAGGAUCCAUGUCUACACCAACGAGUACAGUCCAGAAUAGUCAACUAGGAGGGCAACAGUCAUCAGUUCUACAAACAUCUGGGAUUUCUGGAGAGUCAUCUUCACUUCCCACACAGCCACAUCCAGAUGUGUCUGAAAGCACUAUGGAUCGGGAUAAAGUGGGCAUUCCUACAGAUGGUGAUUCACAUGCAAUCACCUAUCCACCUGCAAUUGUUGUUUAUAUAAUUGAUCCUUUUACAUAUGAAAAUAAAGAUGAGAGCACUAAUUCAUCUAAUGUUUGGACUUUGGGGCUACUUCGUUGUUUUUUGGAAAUGGUCCAGACUCUUCCUCCUCAUAUUAAGAGUACUGUUUCUGUACAGAUUGUUCCUUGUCAGUACCUGUUGCAACCUGUGAAGCAUGAAGAUAGACAAAUCUAUACCCAGCAUUUAAAAUCUUUAGCUUUCUCAGUCUUUACCCAGUGUCGGAGACCACUCCCCACAUCAACCAAUGUGAAAACAUUGACUGGCUUUGGUCCAGGUUUAGCCAUGGAAACUGCUCUGAAAAGUCCUGAUAGACCAGAGUGUAUUCGACUUUAUUCACCUCCUUUCAUUCUGGCUCCAGUGAAAGAUAAACAGACAGAGCUAGGAGAAACAUUUGGAGAAGCAGGACAGAAAUACAAUGUUCUUUUUGUGGGCUACUGCUUAUCACAUGAUCAAAGAUGGAUUCUUGCAUCUUGCACAGAUCUGUAUGGAGAACUCUUAGAAACUUGUAUCAUUAACAUUGAUGUUCCAAAUAGGGCUCGUCGGAAAAAAGGUUCUGCUCGAAGAUGUGGUCUACAGAAACUUUGGGAGUGGUGCUUAGGACUGGUACAAAUGAGUUCAUUGCCAUGGAGAGUUGUAAUUGGCCGUCUAGGAAGGAUAGGUCAUGGAGAAUUAAAAGAUUGGAGCUGUUUGCUAAGUCGUCGAAACUUGCAGUCUCUAAGUAAAAGGCUUAAAGAUAUGUGUCGAAUGUGUGGUAUCUCUGCCGCAGACUCUCCCAGCAUUCUCAGUGCUUGUUUGGUAGCAAUGGAACCUCAAGGCUCUUUUGUUAUUAUGCCAGAUUCUGUCUCAACUGGUUCUGUGUUCGGAAGAAGUACCACUUUAAACAUGCAGACAUCUCAGUUAAAUACUCCGCAGGACACAUCGUGUACUCAUAUACUUGUUUUCCCUACUUCUGCUUCAGUUCAAGUAGCUUCAGCUACUUACACCACUGAAAAUUUAGAUUUAGCUUUCAAUCCUGGCAAUGAUGGCGAGAAUGGAAUGGUUAUUUUUGAUUUAUUAGACACAGGAGAUGAUCUUGAUCCUGAUAUUAUUAGUAUUCUUCCUGCAUCUCCAACUGGGUCUCCUGUACAUUCUCCAGGAUCUCAUUACCCUCAUGGAGGCGAUGCUGGCAAGGUAACCUGA